CUCAGUCAGCUCGGCGACAGCGUCCCGUGGGGCAGGCCGGCGUGAGCGCGGGCACCUGUUGCGGCGCACCUGUUGCGAGCUCGGUGGGCCCGCAGCUGAUCGAUCGGCCAUGCACCUGCUGGACGUGGUUCGCAGCUGGCGGGACUCGAGGCGCCUGGUGCUGCUCAUCGUGGCCGUGGCCCUGCUGCUGGACAACAUGCUGCUCACCACGGUCGUGCCCAUCAUCCCCAACUUCCUGUAUGAACUGAACCUGCCUGCGAAGAACGACAGUGGCGCUGAUGGCGGACCUGCGCUUCUGCUGCACCCGCCACCGGCCACGGACAGCAGCGAUUGGGAAGUGCCCGGCCGCACGCUGGUGCCGCCGGCGCCCACCGAGCCCGAACCGCUACCCACAUCCAGCACGCUCAGCCCGCAGGAGAUGAAGACGCGCCACGACCUGCUGAAUAACGAGAAUGUCGAAGUGGGCAUUAUGUUCGCCUCGAAGCCAGUCGUCCAGGCGCUCGUCAACCCGGUCGUGGGACCGCUGACUAACCGCGUCGGCUACUCACUGCCCAUGUUCGCUGGAUUUCUCAUCAUGUUUGUGUCGACACUCGUGUUCGCGGCUGGAACGAAUUACGCCACGCUGUUCCUGGCACGUACGCUGCAAGGCGUGGGCUCAGCGUGCACCAGCGUGGCUGGCAUGGGUAUGCUGGCCGAGAAGUACCCUGAUGAUCGGGAACGGGGCAAUGCCAUGGCCAUCGCCAUGGGCGGCCUCGCCCUUGGCGUCAUGAUUGGACCGCCUUUUGGAGGCGUCAUGUAUGAGUUCGUCAGCAAGAGCGCCCCCUUCCUCGUGCUCGCAGCCAUAGCGCUACUGGACGGCCUAUUGCAGCUGGUGGUGUUGCGGCCAAGGAUGCGGCGGGACAUCGAGCAGGGCGCCUCCCUGAAGGCGCUCGCCCAGGACCCGUACAUCUUGGCUGCGGCGGGAGCCAUCACGUUCGCGAACCUAGGCAUCGCGGUGCUGGAGCCGUCGUUGCCGCUCUGGCUGAUGGACACCAUGCAGGCUCCCCGUUGGCAGCAAGGUGCCGUCUUCCUGCCGGCCAGUAUCUCUUACCUGGUCGGCACAAACGUCUUCGGCCCAAUGGGCCACAAGUUGGGGCGAUGGCUCUCCUCCAUGAUGGGUCUCUUCAUCAUUGGCAUCUGUCUCGUAUGCAUACCUAUGGCGAAGAACGUGAACCACCUAAUUGUCCCCAAUGCUGGAAUCGGUUUCGCCAUCGGCAUGGUUGACUCUUCCAUGAUGCCCAUGUUGGGGUACCUCGUGGACAUUCGGCAUGCGUCUGUAUACGGCAGCGUGUACGCCAUCGGAGACACUGCAUUCUGCAUCGGAUUCGUUCUCGGACCUAUCAUCAGCAGCAGCGUCGUCAAGACCUUGGGAUUUCAAGCGCUGCUCUACCUCACGGCUACAGUGUGCUUCGCCUACUCGCCGGUGAUGUUCCUGCUAAAGAACCCUCCAGGCCGCCAGGAGAAUCAGUCGCUGCUGCUGCGAAGCGGCUCUUCGGACGUCCGCUACAAGAGCUACGCCAACGAGGAUGACUCCCCGGAGCACAAACAGCAGCACUGA